AUGUCCAAACCGAGUCCUCCGUUUUCUAUCGUCCGCGUGCGAAAUGCCACCCAAUUGGCAGAUAUCAUCUCCCUCUUCUACGCAUAUGCCGCUUCGUUAGGUAUCGACCUAGCUUUCCAGAACUUUGAUGGUGAAAUGGCGAGCAUGCCGGGAAGGUACUCGCCACCCGAGGGUGAACUUUUGCUUGCCCGAGACGAGGCUGGACAGGCCAUUGGAUGUGUCGGAUUGCGCCCCCUACCGUCCACAGAGCGGGGAGCAAGGGUCUGCGAGAUGAAGCGGCUGUACGUAUCGCCUGCAGGGAGAGGGAGUGGUGUCGGAAAAGCGCUGGCCUCGACAAUCAUCGCGGCGGCGGAGGAGCUGGGAUAUAGUGAGAUGAGGCUCGACACACUACCCAGUAUGGUUGCUGCGCUGAACAUGUACCGAGCUAUUGGAUUCGAGGACAUUCCCGCGUAUUAUGAGACGCCCUUGGAAGGAACACAUUUUCUGGCACUGAAGCUUCCCAUGCAAAAGGCUGGUGCCGUGGCGGCGUCGCGGGAUUCGGGUACGGACACAACAUGA